AUGGAGUACCUCGAGCAACCCAGCUACCACCACUUCCAACACCGUCACCACGACCCAAUGGCCCAGGGCAUCCCAGCCUUCCUGGACGCGCAGCAGAGCCUGCACACGUAUGCCGCACUAGCUCGCCAGCAGUCGACCGCAAUGAUGGGCAUACCUAAUGUACCGAAAGCCCCCGAAACGAAGCCUCGAUUGGGGAAGGAAGAAGUAGAGGUCUUGGAACGCGAAUUCAAGAAGAACCCCAAACCAACCACCCAGACGAAGCGUCAGUUUGCGGAGGAUAUGGGCGUCGACCUGGCAAGAAUCAACAACUGGUUCCAGAACCGCCGUGCUAAACGGAAGCAAGAGAAGAAACAAGAAGCCUACGAGGCGGGCCAGAAGCAGGAGGCAAUGGGCUACUCGGAAACCUCGUCUCCCGACAAUUACUUGAAUACCCCUGCAUACAUGAACGAUUCACACGUUCUGUCGUCUAUGCAGCAACCGUCCGGGCCCUACUCACUGAUGGGCAGCGGCCCCCCUCCAGCCGUCGCUCCGUACAACCCUCAGUACUCGGAUCCCACAACGGCAACUAUCGAAUCUCUUCAUCGCACCAUGGCCGUCGCGCAGGCCGCUUCGCAACAGCAAGAUUUCCAUAGGGGCUUUUCAGAACAGCAGGAGACAUUGGCAACGUUCGAUGACUCUCUCCUCCAGAACUCAUCUUCCAUGGGAGAUCGUGCCCAGUUCCCAUCAGUUGGAACCUUUGAUAACUCUCACUACCCAUACGAUAGCUUCUCGAGCAACCUCUACAGUGCCUCUAGCCAGUCUCUGCCUGAGCACCACUCCUCACCGACAACGGAAAACGCUCCGACUCCCUUCCUUGGAUACUCAACUUCCCCUUCGGGAGCAGAUGUACAUGGGCCCCAACCACAGGCCACCUUCCCCUCACAAGCGUCGUCUGGCCAAUCUCAAGAUGGUGCUCCUGCACAGCAGAAUGACAGCGGUGCGAGUCAAAGCCCCGAGGAUAGCAGUUCGACAAUGUUACCGAUAGGGUUUAAAUACGAGAUCGCCGAGUCCGAAGAAUCUUCCGAGUUGCCCCCAGCAUCUUCGGCCUCUUUCAAGUCUCCACCUCCUACAGAUAUUGCUUCGCGCCGCAAGAAGGUUCACGUAAAACCAGCUGCAUUGAUCGCAGACCCAAUGAUGCGGCGUCCCUCGGCGGGCCCAAGGACCGUUUCUCAGGCCGAAGGGUUUCGCCGACGAUCUGACACUCCUCUUACCUCACCCAUGCGUCGCAUCGUCUCCGCUGGGGGAAACAGAAGUAUCAUCUCUGGUCGGGUUAGCAAAUCCGGCGUCGAGUCGGCUCAACGCUCACCCAUCAACUUGGGUGGCUUCGCCGAUGUUUCAUCGUUUCUUGAACACAACUACCACAACCUGCGGCAACCAUCCCUGUGCAGGUCAUCACUCAGUAGCAGUAGCCUAGCACCGCCCACGCCAAUGUCUCCCCGAGGAGGUGAAAUGACACUGGCACACAGGGAAGGCCCACGGUCGACUGCUUCUCCUGUUGACGGGGGCAUGAACUUUGUCUUUAAUGCCGGUGUCCCGGGCUGCUUUACCACUAUGGAUGGUGACCAAAACUUGUCACCUCCUGAAACCCCCCAAGAUCAGAUAUCUCUCCAACCCUUGUCGACUGGCUGGGCUAGCGGGGUUGAAUUCCAGGACAAGCAGUGGCAAUUCGAAGUUCCAGAUGAGCCCUUAUAUACACCAGCACAGGAAAAUUUCCCCCUCGAUUUGCAGAUGCCACAACCAUCAUACCUCUCGAAUGCGAGCCAACCGGUCACUCCUGCUUUCGGUCAUUUCAACCCGAAUUUCUCCUUUGGACAAGAGUCACCGCAAUACAAGCACGAUUCACCCCAAUACACGGUGUCCAGUCAUUCCGAGUACUCGUUUCCCGACGCCCAGUAUGGGAUGGGAAACACAUCGCCAAUGACGAAGCACAAGACCUUUCAAUUCUCGAAUACAACUGCCGCAGACUUUUCGGAGAAAUAA